AUGCAAGUAGCAAAUUUAAUCAAUUCAGCUAUAGCAAAUGCUGAAAAACAUAAAGGCACUUUCACUGGAACUGCAAGAAUUACUCAAAGUAGAAGAAAGGUCCAGAAUCAGGUCGAUACAGGAGAGGAUCAAAACACGGGGUUUUUUCAUAAAAUAAUGGCUGUUAAACAAAAGAAAGAGACCAUAAAAUACUAUAUGAUAGUACAGUUGACAGAGAGGUGGAAAGGAUGUUCUCAGGAGAUGCUAGCUAGCAUACUUCAAGUCUCUCUAACUAAUGAGCAACAAUCUAUGUUAUCACAGAAUGUCACUGAAGAAGAAAUACGUAAGGCCAUAUUCUUGCAAAGUAGUGAGAAAGCACCAGGGCUUGUUGGGAACAAUGCUCAUUUCUUUAAAAUUACUUGGAUCAUAGUCGAAAAAGAUGUCAUUGUAGCUAUAACAAUUUUUUUUCAGCAUGGUGAAAUGUUUCCUGUGUUCAACUCAACAGCAAUUGCUUUGGUGCCUAAAAGCCAGUCUUUAACCAGCAUCUUAGAAUUCAGACCAAUAUCAUGUUGUUUAGUUAUCUACAAGGCCAUCACUAGAAUCCUUACUAACAGGAUGCAUUCUAGAGACAGUGGGGUUUCCCAAGAAACUUUGGAUCUCGCUAUUGCUCAUGGUGUUCUCUCCCACCCCCCAAAGUGUAAAAAGGUUGGAUCGCUAUGGAUAGCAUGGAUAAGAAGCUAUAUGCUUAAGGGGCGUAGCAAAUGGGAGAUUUUUAUUAAGCCAAGCUACAGAUGGGGCGUGAAUGAAUUGCUCAAGCAGAGGAGUGUCGCUUCCAGAUUUCUGAUGCUUCCUACUAAAGACAGGCUGAAAUCAUGGGGAAUGACAGUGGAUGAGGAUUGUGUAUCGUGGACGUGGAUGAUUAGGAAAGUGAGUUCCAGUGGGCAGUGA